AAUCGUAUACCGUUUUUUUGAAGCAUUACGGUAACCGUAUAAUACGCUCAAAAUGGUAGGCCAAAUAACGAGAAGAACAAAACGUAACGGAAAGAAGGUGCAAUUGUACGGAAAAAACAACUUGAAACAAAACUGUGCGUGAACAAGUCAAUAUAUCCAUCAUGGUUCACUUGCACAGAGAGGAUGCUAUUCUCCCGUUAAAAGUCAUAGCAACCAUUUGUUUGGGAAGGUAUUCUGGUCUGGUGAGUUACAGUUUAUCACAAGAUAAGCAUCCAGCUUAUGCCAAACCUCAAGAUAGACCACCUAUGCUACCGAUACCAGCGUUCAUUGGUGGUGUGUGUUCAAUGACAACAUUCUUUAUCGCAAAAAGUAAACACAGACACAGACAUAUUUUGUGGUUAUUAGUUGGAGGUGUUCCCAUAUGCAUGUCGCUGUCUCAACCUUUCACUAAUUAUGUUUUUCGUAAUUGUUCGCAAUCUGAAUGGUAUACAUUUAAAACUCUUCGUUCAUUGAUGGCAUUAGCAGUUUUUUCAUUUUGUACUAUUACUUUAGCCCUUGAAGACCACUAGUGUAAUCACACACUGACUUAAUAUUUGAUUAGGUGUAUGUAUAUUUUUUGUUAAAAUGUUCUUGUUCGCGACUUUAGUUAGUUUGAACCGUUAAAAUAGCAUGUUAAAAAAGAAACUCACGAAUCUGGAGAAAACCCUAGCUAUAUUUGGCUAUUUAUAGCGAAGGAAAACUUUUGUAUGUUCAUUUUGUAUUAAUUUUUUUCAUUGAAUAUAUUACUUUUUAUA